AUGGACGAUUGCGCGCAGGUACAUCGCAUCCCUCGCCUCUCCGACAAACGUCAUGGCUUCGAUUUCGGCUACGGUUCCCUCAACGACACGGAAUCCAUGUGUCGAACAAAGUACCACAUAAAAAUUAUCAAAUGUGUAAAGGAUCGCUGGGAAGCAGCAUGUGACACUACCGCAGAGCCGGAAUUUCUGAAGAUUGUGUGGGCCCACACCCUCAACACCAAGCGAUAUGAACGUGCCGCGGCCUACAUCUGUCGGCAGCAUAACCUCAGAACUUGUGCUAAGGAAUUGUUGUAUGUGUCGAGUGCAGUUUUCCAGCAACACAAGAACGCCUGCCUGCGCGAGGCGGAGCCCGCAGCGGAGGGCUGUUCGCGGCAGACGGACGAGUCCAUCCAGGAGGUGGUAGGCGCCCUGAAGAACCAAUCGGUUUACACCGCUCAUGGACUCAUCGGUGAUACCUACCAACAGCACCUGAAGAAAACAAUGCUUGUCUACGAGUGCCAAGCAAUGAGGAAGAAGUUGGACUGCCUCAAUGUCCUGCUAUCAUCGCAGUGUCCGGUAGACGCGGUGCAGCUGAUAAUGAAUUAUUUUAUGGAGAGCCUGCCCACAGGCUGCCACUACCGCUACCAGACUGCGGGUCGGGAUGACACAGAGGCAGCGACUGUGGCGGCGGUCAACCCCUCGGCCAUGCAAGGUGACGAUGGCACCCCACGGCGCCCCGACCAGAUCCUACCACUCCAUCUCAACGGAGUCCUCCACUCCUCCUACGACUCCCCUCUAAACCAUCGCAGUUGUGGAGCGGACGCAGACGUGGGCACCAUCCUCACCGCCCUCAUCACCCCUUGGCUCUUGGCUCUCAUCGGUUGA